AUGCUGCUUUGCAAGGGGAACAAGUGGGAAGCUGGAACUGAUGAGAGACCUGGUCUGAAAUCUGCUCUUUGUGCACCUUGCACUGUCGGUAAAGACAACUGUAAAGUCGAGCCACUUGCUGCAUACAAGUACAGCAUUCAAAGUCUUAGUCAAUUCAUGCACUCUCCUAAGCUGUCUCACAUGGAAGUUGCUAUAAGAGUGGUAAGGUACAUCAAACAGUCACCAGAAAAAGGAGUUCUUAUGUCAUCUAAUGCUUCUAAUCAAUUGCAUGCAUACUGUGAUGCUGAUUGGGCCUCAUGUCCUACAACUAGAAGAUCAGUUAGUGGAUAUUUGAUGAAGUUGGGAGAUUCACUUAUUUCAUGGAAAUCUAAAAAAUAUGCUACAAUUUCUAGAAGUUUAGCUGAAGCAGAAUACAGGAGUCUUGCAUCUAUGGUUGUUGAGAUUGUUUAA